UUGUUCCCAAUCCUCUACAGUAACGUGUUAGCUUAAAUUGGGGGGGGAAAUGGCCAGCCGGAUCGGCCUCAAUUUCCACCGGCGGCUUUCGAUUCCUUCAGGCGCUCCUUCCGCCGUCUUGUCCGCGAACAGUGCGGCGAAUAGCCUUAAACGGUGGAGCCCCGGAGGAAAACCACGGCGGCGUUUGAUUUUAGGCCUCGGAAUAUCUUUCUGGGCUCAGUUCAUGAAUAUGUCCGGUUCACCGGUCGGCGCCAAAUCCUUCGUUGCCUCUGCGAGACAGAAAAAUGCUGUCGAAGAGAUUUUGAAGAACGUUGAGUGGCCAGAGCAAUUUCCAUUCAGGGAGGAGGACUUUCAGCGAUUUGACGAAACACCAGAUUCGUAUUUCUAUGAAUCCCCACGCUUUGUCACCCACAUUGAUGAUCCAGCCAUUGCUGCACUCACCAAAUUCUACUCUGAGGUUUUUCCUCCAAACAAUACACCUGGAGUUAGCAUGUUGGAUAUGUGCAGUAGUUGGGUCAGUCAUUUUCCAGCCGGAUACAAGCAAGAAAGAGUUGUUGGGAUGGGAAUGAAUGAAGAAGAGCUCAAACGCAAUCCGGUUUUGACAGAGUACAUUGUGCAAGACUUGAAUGUGAAUCCUAAACUCCCAUUUGAAGAUGAUUCCUUUGAUGUGAUCACCAACGUAGUCAGCGUCGAUUACUUAACAAAGCCUCUAAGCGUUUUCAAGGAAAUGAGCCGAGUUCUUAAACCUGGUGGCCUUGCCAUUAUGAGCUUUUCGAACCGCUGUUUUUUCACGAAAGCAAUCUCUAUAUGGACUUCAACUGGAGACGCUGAUCAUAUUAUGAUUGUCGGGUCGUAUUUCCAUUACGCGGGUGGAUUUGGACCUCCUCAGGCAGUGGAUAUAUCUCCCAACCCUGGACGGUCAGAUCCCAUGUAUAUCGUGUACUCGAGAAAGUUAUCGCAGCUUGAAAGUACACCGGGAAGUUGAGCCUGCUGAACUGAAACUAAUUUGUGCUGCAGUCUAAACUAAACUGGCUAAUUUGGGAGAAGAAGCCUGCCAUGGUUGGAGUGAUCAAUAAAGAAUCUGCAGUAUGAACUACAUAUUAUUACUUGUAAACUAAGCUUCAAACAAAAAUCUAAGAUAUGUGAGAUGUAAUGUAAAAAUCACUAAAAUUUUAUUCUUAUCUGAGGCACAGACAAUUAAUAAACAUUUAGAGAAGUGAUUCCAGAA